AGGAAGCACGUCUCGCCUGAAAAAUCGAAACCUUGCCCUAACUCAGCUCAGUUCCCUAGUCAAGAAAAGCUCGAAGGACUUCAGCCCAAUUUCUUCCUCUCCACAUCCAAGAGAAACGCUAAAUCGAUUCUUCCACUCCGGAUAAAUAUUCAAAUUCGACUCGUAUCCCAACAAUUUCAAUCUCGCAUCGGAUUCACGAGGGAUCUGCAACUUCGCCGGGUCCAGCAAUGGCGGAACACUGAAUCUUACACUGGAUCAGCGCCGAUUUGUUCUUUGCGCAAUGGGAGGUCGAGAUAACGGCAAGUUGCUUCUACUCCAUCUGCUUCUCGUAUUCUCUUAUGUACCUGGGUUUUGGAUGUUCGCGAACUGUGAUCACGUCCGUGCUCCGGACGAGCAUGAGCAGGUGAAUCAUGUCGCAGUCGAUGCUGAGGGUGUUGAUUUGCGCCAUGAGCAGCAGCUUUUGUUGCGGAGGCUUGAGGAGUUAGUGAGAAAUCUUAGCGAGGUGGUUUCUAGAUUAGAAACGCGAGCUUCGACGCCAAGUGGUGAUGCUUCUGACGAGGAUAGUGUUGAAAGAGGAGGCUAUAGUGAUACAAAAGUUAAUGGAGAAGUAAAAAAAAAGGAUGGAGAAGUCGAAGAAAGGGAUGGUUUCGGGAGCAAUGCUCGAGAUGGGGAGAGAGCAAGGAAGGUUUCUGUUACUAAGUACAGUCCUUUUUGGUCUGAGAAAUUCCAGUUUUCGUCUGCGGUGAAAUUGGAUCUCGAAGCUACGUGCAUCAAUGUCUUGCCCUAUCGGGAUUAUGAAGGGCUUAGCAAGUAUGUUGCCGUUGGGGAUGAGAGGGGGAGGGUAUACGUGUUCUUGAGAAAUGGGGAUGUUCUGGUUGAGUUUGACACGAUGUUGGAAUCGCCAGUUACGGCCAUGGUGUCGUAUAUGUCGGUUUAUAAGAAUGAGAGUGUCAUGGUGACGGGGCAUCAUAGUGGCGUGGUCUCGGUGCAUAAGGUAUGGGAGGGAUCAAAUGGUGACGAAUGGAGCUCGUUUUUUAUGAAAACAGUGGGCAAAUCCGCUUCGCUUGGAAAUUCUGAAGAUGAGGGAUCAACGAUUACCAUAUUGGAAGUACAUCAUGUUGGGAGAAUGAGAUAUAUUAUGUCAAUAGAUAUUAGUGGAAGGAUUAAUGUACUCAAAGAAGAUGGGACAGCAUAUGGUUCCGUGAUGCCUUCAAGUAGGCCGCUUGCGUUUUUAAAGCAGAGGCUUCUGUUUUUGACAGAAACAGGGGCUGGGUCAUUGGAUUUGAGGAGCAUGAAACUCCGAGAAUCUGAAUGUGAAGGACUGAAUCGUUCACUAGCGAGGUCCUAUGUUUUCGAUGCCACCGAGCGGUCUAAAGCAUAUGGAUAUACAUCAGAGGGUGAUCUCAUUCACGUGUCGCUGUUGGGGGAUGUCAUGAACUUCAAAUGCCGGGUCAGAUACAAGAAGAAGUUUGAGAUGGAAGAGCCAGUUACUUUAGAGACAAUUAAGGGUUACUUGCUAGUUGUUAACCGAGAGAAAGUUUUCGUCUACAACGUUUCAUCCCACCAUUAUGCUAGAGUCGGUGUGCCUAGGCUUCUUUUCUCUGCUUACCUAGACGAGAUACGAUCUUCUUUCUUGAAUCACCCAAUAAAAGAUGUAGAGGACGCAAGGGAAACAAGACCACCUUUGGUUGCUUGCGAUCGGGAAAAGCUGGUUGUUCUUGGACUCGGCAGUGGCUUUGUUGGGAUGUACCGCUCUGAUCUUCCAAUUUUCAAGGGCGAGUUCAAUACGAUGAUGUGGACAAGUCCUGUGCUGUUCUUCAUACUCUUCUUGUUUGGAGCAUGGCAUUUCUUUGCCAAGAAAAAGGAGGCACUCAUGGGACCUGACGAUCCUUUUAGCUCCACAUCUGCCACAAUCGGCACCCCAUUGGGAGCUACUUCUGGAGAUCGGUCUUUCGUUGAGUCUUCCUCUAGAAGUGAUCUAAUGGAUCUGCGAGGUGGUGGCCUGAGACCGUCGCGAAGAUACGGUUCUCCUUCACGGUAUCCUUCUGGAACGACCGGUUCAUUUAGACCAAGUUUGGCCGAUCACAACUCUAGACCUCCUGUUGAUCCAAACUACAGGACAUCAUCGUCGGAGCUAAAAUUUAGAGGUUCCUCUAUGGAGUCUUCCGGUUUUGCCAAAAGAAGGGAGAGCCUAUUUGUAAACAGCCAAGCUGGGGAUGAUAAUAACUGAUAUAUAAACACAGGUCGUAUACUUUCUUGGAGAGUCGUGGUUCUCUCAUAUCCUAUCGGGAUUGAACUUUUGAGCUGCGAGUAGCUGCCUGGACCACCAGUUGCUGUGACUUUGUUACUCUGACAUACCAAAAGCAAAAUAACGGAGCAUUUCAAGAAUCUUUUUGUACUAUGUCUUCAUCUAUGAACACAGUGGUAGUGAAGUUUCUUUGAGCC